AAUGAUUAGAUAAAAUAGUCACCAACAACACAACAAUAAAUAAGAGAGGAAAAGUUACUACUACAUACAUACAGCUGAAUAAAUGGAACAUUAUCUUCACUGCCGUAAAUGUAUAUGUUUGUAUGUAUGUCUGUAUGUCGGUACACAGAGUUUUUAAAACUUUAAAAUGUCUAGUAAUAAUACGUCGCUGAUAACAGUCGCAACUGUUACCUUUAAGCAGUUGAUUUUUGUUAUUUGUCAGCACCAGAUCGAGAGUAAUUUUUUGCGUUGAAAAAAAAAAAAAAAAAAACGUGCGCGCAUAUGUAUAAAUAUUAAUAAUUAUUAACUCCAUCGUUAGGAAAAACGGCAAACACUUUCUUUUAUACUUUCUGUGUGUACUGUUAAAUAGAACAAGUUAAAUUAUUCUAAAUAAUUAAGAAAAAAAUAAAUAAAAUGUUGACAGAAUUUGCGGGGAACUUGGCACGUAAUCUGGAGUUUGGACAUGCCUUGGAGAUUGUGGCGAAAACUAUUGACAGUGCUUCAAGGUUUCACAUCAAUUUAUCUACAGCCAAAUCGGUGAUAGAUCCAAAUGCAGAUAUUGGCCUACGUUUCGCCUGUUUCUUUCGAAAGGAUAUGAUUGUACGGAAUGCACGCAUCAAUGGCGUGUGGGGCGAAGAGGAAAUACAGAAUAUAGAUAGUCAUUCCUUGUCAAAUCCCAUUGAAUCGGGCGAGUUCUUCGUAAUCUAUAUAUUGGCUUGUGAAGAGCGAUUCCACAUAUCGAUUAAUAAUCGACCAUUUUGUACAUUCAACUAUCGCAUGCCAUUGAAAGCGUUACGCAGCAUCGAGAUAUGCGAACAAAUACAGGUGAUUAAGCAGGUGGAUCAUCGUGCUGUCUUCCCCUACCCAUGGCCGGCAAUACAAGCAUCCGAUUUUGGUAAGGCUUUCAGCAAUGAUUCGCCCAUCAUGUUCAGUCCGGGACAUUUAAUUGUCAUAACGGCACGUUGUUUCGACAAUAAGAAGGGACAGUUUAUAAUAAAAUUUUUGGAUAGCGAUUCGAAACGAGAGGAGAUGCAUUUCAGUGUGCGCUUCGAUCAGAAGGCGGUUGUGCGGAAUUCAAUGAAUAAGGCGUUCGAAUUUGGUCAAGAGGAGCGCCAUGGUGGUUUUCCAUUCGUUUUUAAUCAACAAUUUAAGCUUGCCAUUGCAUUUACGGAACGUGAAUUUCUUACAGCCGUGGAUGGUUACAAUUUCUGCAGCUAUGCCUAUCGUACAACGAACGUAUUCCAAAAUCUUGUCGGCUUCAAAGUGACCUGCAUAAAUGGCCUGCACAUGCAUGUGACAGGUGUGGAUCACUUGCAGAUGGGUGAUCCAUCUUGUACGGGCUUCGAAAAGUAUUCAAAACAUGAUUAUGAAUGUGCUUAGCCAAAUGGCUGCUAAAUAUAUGUAUGUAUGUAAGAAUACAUACUUUUUUGUACAAUUACUUAGUUUUAGUAUGUAAAAUACCAAAAAUAUUUCAGAAAUAUACUUAUAUUUGUAUAAACAUA